AUGGCUGAAGAAAUUAAGGAAUUUCUUAAAAAGAAGGAUUAUUAUGAAAUACUAGGAGUGUCAAAAUCAGCCACUGAAGAUGAGCUUAAAAAAGCUUAUAGAAAACUAGCUUUGAAAUUCCACCCUGAUAAAAACUAAAAUGAAGGAGCCCAAGAAGCAUUCAAACGUGUAGCAUAGGCAUAUAAUUGUCUUUCAAUUCCUGAUAAAAAGAGAGUUUAUGAUCAAUACGGAACAGAAAGACCAGAACCACAACGUUAGCAUCACUAUUAAGAUCAAAAUGGAUAUUAUUACGAAUAAUUCAAUGGUGAUGACUUUGCAAAUGAUAUCUUUAGGGCAUUCUUUGGCAAUCCAAGACCUCGUAAUUCAAAUAGACAGCAAAAUAAUGGAUAAGGUAAUAUGUAAUUACUUUAAUUACUACCAAUUAUAAUGCUGAUUCUAUUCUCUUCAUCAGGGUUUUUGAAUUUGUUUUAGUCAGCUCCUAUCUAUUCCUUUUAAAGGUCAUAUGAUUACCCUACUGCUUAAACAACUAAAACGCUAUAAGUUAAAUAUUAUGUAGGCAAUAAUUUCAGAGAAGAAGUCUCAACUAAAGAAAAACUCCGAGAACUUGAAUUAGAAAUUGAAUAGCAUUAUGUAAAUUAACUAAGACGGGAUUGCAACAAUGUGUUUUAGAAAAAACAAAUGUAUGAAAGCUAUGCAAACAGAGCAUUCUAUCAGCGAGAUCGUGAUUCAUAUAGAAAUACGAUUAGAAGAUUAGACUUUUCAUCUUGUGAAAAAUUAGAAGAUCAUCGCAAAACUAUUCUUAGAUUUGAUCAAUUAUAUUGAUUUUUAAUUAAUAGAUAUCAAAAAAGUUUUAAGCAAAUUCUCAUUUUU